CAUCCGUACUAACACCCCUCUCCCCACUCGCCACUCUGCAUUUCCCAAGUCAACCUCCUUUCGCUUCACCGUCGUCGGAUCUCAGAUUCUCUGGUGAAACAUCCGCCGCUGCCACAACCAAACCUAGAUCUCUCCGUCGCCGAAAUCAUGGGAGGAUCGGAUUCGAAUUCUCCGAGCUUGUGGUUGGCACCGAACCCGAGCAAGAGAUGGGGCGAACUGUUCUUCCUGUUCUACACUCCGUUUUGGCUCACCCUGUGUUUGGGAAUCGUCGUUCCUUACAAGCUUUAUGAGAGAUUUACGGAGCUGGAGUAUCUGCUGCUGGCUAUGAUUUCAGCUGUCCCAGCGUUCUUGAUACCGAUGGUGUUUGUUGGAAAGGCUGACAGAAGCUUAUGCUGGAAGGACCGCUAUUGGGUUAAGGCUAAUCUCUGGAUAGUUAUUUUUAGCUAUGUGGGAAACUAUUUUUGGACUCAUUAUUUCUUCACUGUUCUGGGAGCUUCAUAUACUUUCCCAUCGUGGAGAAUGAAUGAUGUGCCUCACACGACUUUCCUUCUAACACACGUUUGCUUCCUUUUUUACCACGUUGCGUCGAACAUGACUCUUCGAAGGCUACGGCAUGCAAUUACUGAUUUGCCAGAUAAACUGAAAUGGUGUUUUGAGGCCGCAUGGAUAUUGGCGCUUUCCUAUUUCAUUGCCUACCUGGAGACUAUAGCUAUUGCAAAUUUUCCUUACUAUGAUUUUGUGGAUCGGAGUGCCAUGUACAAAGUUGGUUGCUUGUUCUAUGCCAUCUACUUCCUUGUGAGCUUCCCGAUGUUUUUCAGAAUCGACGAGAAGUCUAGUAACGAAUGGGAUUUACCCCGAGUGGCAAUCGACGCACUUGGCGCUGCAAUGUUAGUGACAAUCAUUCUCGAUCUGUGGCGUCUCUUCUUAGGACCUAUAGUUCCAGUUCCGGAGACCAAACAGUGCCUUGAACCGGGAUUGCCAUGGUUUUCCGGGCAAAGCCGUUGAACCUCAGACUCUUUCUAACCACAACAAGAAGAGCUCUUUCUAACCACAAGUGUUUGUAUCGUACUUGUUGUUGGCAGUUUCGCUGUUUAUACAUUAUGACGACAAUGCAGUAAGAGGGAGUUGUGCAAAGAGUUGAUAUUUUGUAUGCUUCUGUUGUUGUCUGCUCAUCUAUUUAUUUUUUUUGUAAACCAGAAGAUUUUUUUUUCUUGCCGAUGUUUACGAAAUU